AUGGUAUCAGAGCACGGAGACCUUCGAUCCACUCCUGUUACCUAUCAAAGCGAUGGAACUGGUAUUACUGCAAAUGUGGAAGCUGUUCCUAAUUCUGUAACUGAUCCUAGUGAUCCACUCUACUCACAUCCUUCAGACAUUCCUGGAGCUAUUGGAGAGUGCAAACGACCUGAUCCUCAGUCACCUAAAUUUCGACAAUGGGAACGUUGUGAUGAUAUGGUCACCUCUUGGAUUCUUAAUUCACUAUCAAAGGAAAUAGCAGAUAGUGUAGAAUAUGCUAAUGAUAAGGAGAUCAAUGAUCUAUCCCAGGGUACUUUGGAUAUCACUAAUUACUAUACUCAGCUGAAUAAACUUUGGGAAGAACUGAGCACCUUGAGUGCAAAGACACAGUACAGCUAUCAAUGCACUUCUGGUGCCAAGGAAAAUAUACACAAGGCAGAACAGGAUAGGAGAUUGAUUCAAUUCCUUAUGGAAUUGAAUGAGGUCUAUACAGCAGUAAGGGGUAGAAUUCUCAUGAUGAAUCUAUUGUCUUCAAUGGCACAAGCCUUCUCACUACUCAUUCAAUAUGAGAAGCAACGAGAGAUGAAACUUACAAAUCAUUUGGCUGCAGAAUCUGUUUCCCUUCAUGUCAACACUUCAGGAAACGCCAAUAGUUUUGGAAACAAUAACUUCAGAACCAAUUAUGCCCCCAAUGCUAACUAUCCAAACAUUAACAGGACUAGGCCAUUUUGUGAUUACUGCAAACGCCUAGGUCAUACUAUAGACAAAUGCUUUAAGCUUCAUGGUUACCCUCAGGGCCACAAUCAGGCCAUUCUGUGA